GCCGCCGCCCGGCGAUGCCAGCGGCCCCCGGCCGCAGCGGCCCGCGGACGCGGCGCUGACCCGACCCGGCGGAACGGGCGGACGGCGGCCAUGGGCAGCGGCGACCCCAGCCCGCACGGACGGCACAGGCAGAUGCACUGAUGUCUGCCCCUUGCAGAGACCUGACCCACGCUGGGUUGGCAGAUGUGCAGGUGAUGCUGUGAAUGCCCAGUAAAAGAAUGAGUGAGAGAGACCUCCAGAGCCUGAGCAAAUGGGUUUUCGUGCUCACUCUCUGCCUUACCACGCUGUGGGGAAGACUGACGCUGGCCUCCACCCAUCACAGAAGCCAUUCAGUGCACGUAGAGCCCGGCACAUGCGAGGUCAUUGCAGCUCACAGGUGCUGCAACAAGAACAAGAUCGAGGAGCGCUCCCAGACGGUGAAAUGCUCCUGCUUCCCGGGCCAGGUGGCAGGGACGACACGGGCAGCUCCCUCCUGUGUGGAUGCCUCCAUCGUGCUGCAGAAGUGGUGGUGCCAGAUGGAGCCCUGCCUCGACGGCGAGGAGUGCAAGGUGCUGCCCGACCUCUCAGGCUGGAGCUGCAGUAGCGGCAACAAAGUGAAGACAACCAAGGUCACACGAUAGCCUCUGAGCCCUCAGCAGCAGCUAACCAGCCUUGGUGCAGGUCCCCGGUGCUCUGCAGAGCCGUGAGCAGCAGGAUGUGACCCAUGGAGGCAGGAUGCUCCAGGAUUGCCGUCCUGCAUCUGCUGGUGGGACCCUGCCAGGUACCGCAUCAGAAGUCCACUGAGUCCUAGUUUCCCAACAGGCUGCGAGUAUGGGACCCCAGUGCAUCUGCAAGACUUGUGUCACUCCAUGGUCCCUUCCUCUCCCGUGGACACAAUCACCAACCAAGAAAUGGGCUCAUUUUCCUAUCCUCUUAGCUAAAAUACUGCAAACAUGUAAGAGCUGUUGACAGUAGAAAGACAGACAGACAGCAGGCCCCCAUAACGGGCUUUACUCUGAAAUAGCUGAAAUCAUUGCUGAGUCGCCUUUCCCCCUCUCCCAAGAUGCUGAAUGAGGUUGCCUUCAGGAAUUGGGAAGUCAAUGGCUGUGUGACAUCCUGUCCCUCCUGGCUCAUGGCUGCUGGGUGCCCGGGAGCAGGCGCUGAGCUCUGCCCUCAUCUCAAGUUGGGGUGUGCUGAGCCCUGGAGCACGGUGCUUUCCUCACCUCCUGCCUGCUGUGACCAUGCAUGGUGGAUGUGGCGGUGGGGCUGGGGGGGGUCCGGCACCCCAUCAUCCGCUGGAGAUGGUGAAAUGUCUCCAUGAGCAUGCUGCUGGGUACCCCUUCCUCGGGAACUGCAUUAAUGGGGCCAGGACUGUAACACACCCUGCAAGUCCCAGGCACCAAAUUACUGCUUGUGUUUGCAAUUGAGUUUCAGAUUCAUGUGCAGGGAAGCCCACUCCUGUGUGCAGGGCUGGGGGUGCCUGACACCCUGCAGAUGCCUCAGAGCCCCACACUGAUCCAGGGUUUGUUGUGUUAAUUCCAAUUGUACCAUCUCCUGCCUCUGAGCUCAUGCCCUUCUGCAGGACUCCCCAUUUCCCCUGCCGUGGCAGCUCGAGGGGGUGAUGAUGGGAGCUCCAUGCUCCCAACAUCCGCAGGGCUGCAGACUCCAGGGGACACGAUGGCUCCGGAGGGGCCAGGGGUUGGUGCCUGCCAUUGGCGGGACUCCUCAUGUAGAUGCUUUUGUAACAGGAGAUGUGAUACCUGCUCCAGAUGGGAUGUAAAUACCAGACUGUGAAAUAAUAAACGCAUUUUAAUCUCU